AUGCCAGGAGGAAAGGGAAAAACCGGUGGCAAAACGGGAGGAAAGGGAGACUCGACAGUUAAGACAACCAAAUCGCACUCGGCGAAGGCUGGCCUGCAGUUCCCUUGCGGUCGCAUAAAGCGCCAUCUCCGAACCAUCACCCGCCAGAAGACGCGCAUCGGCGCCAAAGCCUCCAUUUACCUCACCGCUGUCCUAGAGUACCUGACUGCCGAAGUCCUCGAACUGGCGGGUAACGCCGCCAAGGAUCUGAAGGUCAAGCGUAUUACGCCGCGCCACUUGCAGCUCGCCAUUCGCGGUGACGAAGAACUCGACACGCUCAUUCGCGCGACCAUUGCUUUCGGAGGUGUACUGCCACAUAUCAACCGCGCUUUGUUGCUCAAGGUCGAACAGAAGAAGAAGGGCGCGAAGCCCAUCGAAGCGUAG